AUGGUCGUCAAGACAACACCAUCAAAGAGGGUUAUGAGAACGGGUGUCAAGGCAGCACCAUCAAAGAGGAUCUAUGAGGAUAGGUGUCAAGGCAACACCAUUAAAGAGGCACCAUUCCUAUUUUCCAAAUUCCUCGGUGUCCCAGUCCUCGGUGUCCCAGCCCUCAAUAUCCCAGUCACCAGUGUCCCCGUCCUCAAUGUCCCAGUCCUCAGUGUCUCAGUCCUCAGUGUCCCAGUCCUUAAUAUCCCAAUCAUCAAUGUCCCAGUCCUCAAUAUCCCAGUCACCAGUGUCCCAGUCCUCAGUGCCCCAGUCCUCAAUGUCCCAGUCCUCAAUAUUCCAGUCACCAGUGUCCCCGUCCUCAAUAUCCCAGUCGUCAGUGUCUCAGUCCUCAGUGUCCCAGUCCUCAAUGUCCCAGUCCUCAAUGUCCCAGUCACCAGUGUCCCAGUCCUCAUUGUCCCAGUCACCAGUGUCCCAGUCAUCAGUGUCCCAGUCUUCAAUGUCCCAGUCAUCAGUGUCCCAGUCCUCAUUGACCCAGUCCUCGGUGUCCCAGUCCUCAGUGUCCCAGUCCUCAAUGUCCCAGUGCUCAGUGUCCCAGUCCUCAGUGUCCCAGUCCCCAGUGUCCCAGUCCUCAGUAUCCCAGUCCUCAAUGCCCCAGUCAUCAGUGUCCCAGUCCUCAAUGUCCUAGUCAUCAGUGUCCCAGUCCUCAUUGUCCCAGUCCUCGGUGUCCCAGUCCUCAAUAUCCCAGUCGUCAGUGUCCCAGUCCUCAAUGUCCCAGUCCUCAAUAUCCCAGUCAUUAGUGUCCUAGUCCUCAGUGUCCCAGUCCUCAAUAUCCCAGUCAUCAGUGUCCCAGUCCUCAGUGUCCUAGUCAUCAGUGUCCUAGUCUUCAUUGUCCCAGUCCUCAAUAUCCCAGUCAUCAGUGUCCUAGUCAUCAGUGUCCUAGUCCUCAUUGUCCCAGUCAUCAGUGUCCCAGUCCUCAGUGUCCCAGUCCUCGGUGUCCCAGUCAUCAGUGUCCUAGUCCUCAUUGUCCCAGUCUUCGGUGUCCCAGUCAUCAGUGUCCUAGUCCUCAUUGUCCCAGUCCUCGGUGUCCCAGUCAUCAGUGUCCCAGUCCUCAGGGUCCCAGUCAUCAGUGUCCCAGUCACCAGUGUCCCAGUCCUCAAUGUCCCAGUCAUCAGUGUCCUAGUCCUCAGUGUCCCAGUCCUCAAUGUCUCAGUCCUCAGCAUCCUAGUCAUCAGUGUCCCAGUCCUCAGUGUCUCAGUCCUCGGUGUCCCAGUCCUUGGUGUCCCAGUCCUCAGUGCCCCAGUCCUCAAUAUCCCAGUCAUCAAUGUCCCAGUCCUCAAUGCCCCAGUCCUCAGUGUCCCAGUCGUCAGUGUCCCAUUCCUCAAUAUCCCAGUCGUCAGUGUCCCAGUCCUCAAUGUCCCUAUCCUCAAUGUCCCAGUCCUCAGUGCCCCAGUCACCAGUGUCCUAGUCCUCAGUGUCCUAGUCAUCAGUGUCCCAGUCCUCAGGGUCCCAGUCCUCAAUGUCCCAGUCCUCAAUAUCCCAGUCCUCAAUGUCCCAGUCCUCAAUAUCCCAGUCGUCAGUGUCUCAGUCACCAGUGUCCCAGUCCUCAGUGUCCUAGUCAUCAGUGUCCCAGUCAUCAAUGUCCCAGUCCUCAAUGUCCCAGACAAUAUACCAGACGUGCAUUGGUAUUUUAAACGUCACUUAUUUCACGACGACCAUGGUUUAAUUAGGCAAACACUGUGCUGA